GCAGUUGCCCAGCAGUAUCCACAGAUCAAACUGUGUGAUUUUGGAUUUGCCCGGAUUAUCAGCGAGAAAUCAUUUCGACGGUCAUUGGUUGGAACACCUGCCUACUUAGCUCCGGAGGUUCUCAAACAUCGAGGAUACAAUAGAGGCAUCGACAUGUGGUCCGUCGGUGUCAUCCUCUAUGUCAGUUUGAGCGGAACGUUUCCUUUCAACGAGGAAGAGGAUAUUGCCGAGCAAAUCGAAAAUGCAGAGUUCAUGUAUCCAAGUCAACCUUGGGAUUCGAUUUCAGAAGAGGCUACCGAUUUGAUCACCCGUCUGCUCCAAGUGCGCAUGAGAAAACGUUACUCGGUUGAGAAGAGUUUGAACCAUAUAUGGAUGCAGGAUUACCUCUGCUGGUGCGAUUUGCGUCGACUGGAAACCACCGUAGGGAACGGUUCCCGAUUCCUUACAACAAACGCGGACGAUGCAAGAUGGGAGAACUUCCGGAAGCAAGCAAACAAACAUCAACAGAAAGAAAGCGGCAAAACCAAUCUCCCGGACACUACGAACGAUAUCCUGCCCGAAUGGCAACAGAUGGCGUGGUUCGGAUCCGUUUCCGCAGCCCCUAUUUACUGGCAUACCACAGAAUAA